AUGGGACGGAUGAAAAUAGCCAUAAUGUUGAGAAAAUGGAGCUGGAGAAAGCCUCGUGGGGAUCUAACGUUUCGACGCUUUAAAUACUCCAAAUCCCACGUUCAAGACGAUGAUGUAGCAAUGUCUUCAAGUCGAUUACGAGUGGGAGUACUAGGACUUGGAGCUAUUGGGACUAUCUUCUUUACUCGAUUGGGGUUACUGGCUACGAACUUAAAGGGUACGACAAAGUUCCCAAAACUUACAGUAGAUGCCUUUAUUCGACCCAAACGCUUUGAAAAUUGGGUCCAAUCUCAAACCUUUCAAUUGAAUAUUCUACAAGGACAAAAGAAGGAGACGCUACAUUUUUGCAUUGCUCCAAGCAAUAAAUUGGCGACAGUUUGGAAUGCACCACAUGUUCGAAUUCGUACACUAACAAGUCAUGACAAUCAAACGAGUGAUAAAGUCGAUGUAUUACUUGUGGCUGUGAAGGCAUACGAUAGCACAAACGUAGUACAAGAGCUUUGGGAGACAAAGCGACAUAUGCUACAAAAUGACGCAAUAUGUAUUCUUUUACAAAAUGGACUUGGACAUGAAGUGCCAGAAAAUUCUAAAAAUUUGGAAAUGUCCUGGCAAUUUCUAAAUGGCGUGACAUUUAUUGGAGGACGGAUGAUUAACUUUGGAAGUGUCGAGACGAGUGGAUUAGAAACGGGAAUGACAUUUCUUGCUCCAAUGACUCAAGUACAUUGUCAUGACAUUGAAACUUGUAAAAGAAUGAAGAGAAUAAACGUCGUGGCGCAGAUAUUUCAAGCUGCAGGUCUACGCUGCGAGGUGUUGGAGACUAGUGCAAUGCAAGGAAUGCAAUGGCGAAAGUUGAUUAUUAAUGCAGCGAUUAAUCCUCUCGCGUCGUUACUCAAUGCUCCAAAUUCGAGUGUCAUUUCAAGCCAAAGUAGUCGAGAUUGUAUUAAGAUGGUGGUUGAAGAAGCUAUUGCAGUUGCUCAAAGCGAAAAGAUUGUAUUAGGAUGUUCUCAGGAUGAAUUGCUUCAUGAAGUCGUGGAGGUGGCGAACAAUACUGGUACAAAUAUAUGCUCUAUGCUAGCAGAUUUACGUCGCGGUUCGAGAACAGAGAUUGACGCGAUUACUGGACGACUUGUUCAAGGCGGUGAACGAUAUGGUAUUGCUACUCCAGUGAAUCGAUUCUUGCUUUUAUUGAUUCAAGCACUUGAGAAAGAGGGUUUGCGACGUAAUGAUUCGACAACAAGCGUUUCGAAAUGA